AUGUCUGCCAACUACAUCAACAACUACUGGGCGCAAAAACAGCAUUCUGUGGCGACUGCGUAUCCAACCGCGACUCCUAUUUCUGUCAGCCCUUUGGGGCUCCAAAUAGCACUUGGUCAGACCGACGCUUUCGCCAUGACCAUCAUACUCGUGAUGAUAUAUUGGAUAUUCGGAAGUUUUUCACUAUCGGUUCUCAUGAACGAGCCCAAAAGUUUUCUCUCGAAUUUGGCACCGCAAAUCAAGAAUAAGAGGAGCUACCUGUUCCACGUUUUGGCACUUCUUAUUUGCUUCCCUAUUCUUGCGUUGCUGUGGCCUGUCUUGCUCGCCGUAGAGCUUUACAGGGCGACUCAAAAACAGCGAGAUGAGGAUGGGACAGAAGAUGCCGUAAGGGCAUGCCUACUUGACGGAACAUUGCGGCCUCUACCAUACCUCGAUGAUCAAAACCAGCAGAGCUGGAUCAUAAAUGCACACGGGGAUGAGAUGAUCGCCCAAUUGACUUGA